UUGCGCCUUUAGAAUCCUUCCAGUGAUCCGGUCGCAGCGACGACCAACAAAGGUUGCUUCGCGUGUUCCCACGGCGGCUGCUUCCAUGGAGAGGCAGAGCGCGUCGUCGUCCUCGUCGCCGCUGGACGCCGGGCAGGAGAGGGUCAUGGCGGCCGCGAAGCACAUCGUGAAGAGCCUGGCCGUGUCCAAGAACGCCGCCGACGACAUGAUGCACUUCUUGUCCACCUUCGACCCUCGCCUGCACCCCCUCUCCUCUCCGGAGGCGGGCGACGAGGCGUCCGACAGCGGCCCCGACGACGCGCCCGGCCGUGGAGGCGAGGAGGAGGAAGAAGAGAUCGCCGCCGCGGAGGAGGUCAUCCGCCGUUGCAACUCCUCGUCCUCUUCCUCCGAACUGAUCGGUAUGAUGGACUACCUGUACGCCGUGGACGACGCCAUCGCCGCGGCCGGCCACUCGGCCCGCGCCGCCGCCGCCGUGCACACCGCCAUGCCGCGCCUGGAGGAGGAGGUGCGCUCCCUGCUUUCUUCCUCUCUGCGGCGCCUCUCGCUCUCCUCGGACGACGUCGACGAGGCGACCCCCAGCGCGUCGCCGCGCCACGGCACGCUCUCCCCGGACGCCACGGCCUCCGUCCGCUGCGUCGCGGACCGCAUGCUCCGCGCCGGGUACGGCCCGGAACUCGCGCAGGUCUACGUCUCCGUCCGCCGCGACGCGCUCGCGGAGUCCGUGGCGCUCCUUGGCGUCGAGGCCGUCGCCAUCGAGGAGGUGAUCAGGAUGGAGUGGAACGUGCUCGACCAGAAGAUGCGGCGGUGGAGCCACGCCGUCAGGGCCGUGGUCAGGACCUUCCUCGCCGGCGAGCGCCUGCUGUGCGACGAGGUCUUCGAAUCUGAUAAGGAGCUAGGCCACGAGUGCUUCGCCGACGUCGCCAGGGGCUGCGUCCUGCAGCUACUGGGAUUCGCAGACGCGGUCGCCGUGUCGGCGCGCGCCACCGAGAAGCUCUACCGCACGGUCGGCAUGUACGAGGCGCUCACCGACGUCCAGCCGGAGCUCGAAGCCCUCUUCUCCGGCGAUGGCGCGCGAGAAUUCUUCGCCGGCGAGGUAUCGAGCACCGUCGAGCAGCUGGGCUCCACCUUACGCCACACGAUCGAGGAGUUCGGCCACGCCAUCCACGGCGAGGCGUCGCGGAAGGCCGUCCACGGCGGCGAGAUCCACCCCAUGACCCGCUACGUUCUCAACUACUGCGGCCUCCUCGCCGACAGCCACGGCACCCUGGACGUGGUUCUGGGCGACGCCGGCCUCGACGACGCCGACGAGGCCUCCACCAACGGCGGCGCCACCUCGACGCCGUCCGCGCGCUGCAUCCGCGAGCUGCUGACGCUCCUCCUCCACAAGAUCAACGACAAGUCCCGGCUGUACGACGACGCCGGGCUGCAGAACAUCUUCCUGAUGAACAACCUCUACUACGUGGUGCAGAAGGUGAGGGAGUCGCCGCCGCUCCGGGAGCUCCUGGGCGACGACUGGCUCCGCCGGCACCGCGGCCAGAUCCGGCAGUACGAGACCGCGUACCUCCGGGCGUCGUGGAUGGCCGUGCUGUCCACCCACCUGAGGAGGGGGGACGACGGCGCGGCGUCGAGGCCGGCGGCUGGGCACAGGGCGCCGCAGGGCGCGUCGGCGAAGGGCUUCAACGCGGCGUUCCAGGAGCUGUACCGGGCCCAGACGGCGUGGAAGGUGACGGACCCUCAGCUCCGGGAGGAGCUCCGCAUCGCCGUGUCGGAGCGGCUGAUCCCGGCGUACCGGGCGUUCCUCGGGCAGGGGAGCCGGCACCCGGCGAGGCACGUCAAGUGCAGCCUCGAGGACCUCGAGAACUACAUGCUGGACUUCUUCGAAGGCGUGCCCAAGUUUGUCAGGUGGUGAUCGCCGGAGCAGAGGACCAUCAUCCCCACCGGCUCCGAUCUCUUGAUAAUUUGGUUCAGUAGUUGUUGAUUCCUCCUCCAUUCUAGGACCCUUGGGUUUCAUUGAUCUUCAUUUCAGUAAGCUACAGCUUUUCAGAUGUAAAUAUACAUCAAAUUCACGAGUGUAUAUAUCGUGCUUUCUUUCGGA